GCAGGAAUAUGGUACAUUUGUUGCUGUGCAGCUGGAUGUUGCUGAAUAGCGUUUCCAUGAGCUUGCUGUUCAAUCUUUUUGUUCAGAAUGGCAAAGAACCCUAAUUUUCAGGAAGUUGCUCAUCUUCCCACAGGCUGCAUCCACUAUAAAUCUUCAGACAGCUUUACUGGCUACCAAUAUCACCAUCCCUCCAAGAUGAGUAACAGCCAUCCACUCCGCCCUUACACAGCUGUGGGUGAGAUUGACCAUGUUCACAUUCUAUCAGAGCACAUCGGUGCUCUAAUGAACGGGGAAGAAUAUAGUGAUGUUACCUUUAUUGUAGAAAAGAAACGUUUUCCUGCGCACAGAGUGAUCCUGGCUGCUAGGUGCCAUUAUUUCAGAGCAUUAUUGUAUGGCGGAAUGAGAGAAUCUCAGCCUGAAGCAGAAAUUCCUCUUCAGGACACCACUGCAGAAGCAUUUACCAUGCUGCUGAAAUAUAUUUACACUGGUCGUGCCACACUACGAGAUGAGAAAGAGGAGGUCCUCCUAGACUUCCUAAGCCUAGCACAUAAAUAUGGAUUCCCAGAACUGGAGGAUUCCACAUCUGAGUAUCUUUGCACCAUACUUAAUAUUCAGAAUGUUUGUAUGACCUUUGAUGUUGCCAGUCUUUAUUCACUUCCAAAAUUAACUUGUAUGUGCUGUAUGUUCAUGGAUAGAAACGCCCAAGAGGUGCUGUCUAGUGAAGGCUUCUUAUCACUUUCUAAGGCUGCUCUUCUGAAUAUUGUACUGAGGGAUUCAUUUGCAGCUCCUGAGAAGGACAUUUUCCAAGCUUUGAUGAAUUGGUGUAAACAUAACCCCAAGGAAAACCAUGCUGAAAUCAUGCAAGCAGUGCGUUUGCCACUAAUGAGUCUAACAGAACUGCUAAAUGUUGUAAGGCCUUCUGGAUUAUUGUCACCUGAUGCCAUCCUAGAUGCCAUUAAAAUUCGUUCUGAAAGUCGGGACAUGGACCUCAACUACAGGGGCAUGUUAAUACCAGGGGAAAAUAUUGCAACAAUGAAGUAUGGAGCCCAGGUUGUAAAAGGGGAGCUGAAGUCCGCUUUAUUAGAUGGGGACACUCAGAACUAUGACUUGGAUCAUGGAUUUUCUCGACAUCCGAUCGAUGAUGAUUGCCGUUCUGGUAUUGAAAUUAAACUAGGCCAGCCAUCAAUAAUCAACCAUAUAAGGAUACUCCUAUGGGACAGAGACAGUCGGUCUUACUCCUACUACAUUGAGGUGUCCAUGGAUGAGUUGGACUGGAUUCGAGUGAUCGAUCACUCGAAGUACCUCUGUCGGUCCUGGCAGAAGCUGUACUUUCCUGCCCGUGUCUGCAGGUAUAUCCGAAUUGUUGGGACCCACAACACAGUGAACAAAGUUUUCCAUAUUGUGGCAUUUGAAUGCAUGUUUACCAACAAAACCUUUACUCUUGAGAAAGGUCUGAUAGUUCCCACUGAGAAUGUUGCAACAAUUGCAGACUGUGCCAGUGUGAUUGAGGGUGUAAGCCGAAGUCGCAAUGCCUUGUUGAAUGGAGACACAAAAAACUAUGACUGGGAUUCUGGGUAUACGUGCCAUCAGCUUGGGAGUGGAGCUAUUGUAGUACAGCUGGCACAGCCCUACAUGAUUGGAUCAAUACGGUUGCUACUUUGGGACUGUGAUGAUCGAAGCUACAGCUACUACAUUGAGGUUUCAACAAAUCAGCAGCAAUGGACCAUGGUGGCUGAUCGUACAAAAGUUUCCUGCAAGUGAUGAAAAUCAAGCAUACGUUCUAAUGUGGUCUGGAAAGGCUGGUGAAAGAGAACUUGACAUGUGCUUUUACUGUCUAUAAAGGACAGGAUAUUGAUGAACAGAAAUCUUGACUUCUAUCUCUAGCCCUGGGGAAAGACUAAAGGAGAUUUAAUCAUUCUCAAAGGCAUCUCAGUGCAGUGGAUAAGAUAGAUCUUUUUGUCUGCCCCCAACAGCAGGAACACUAAAAGGCCAAAAUCGGGCGGGAGGCCGGGGAGCUUCUUUUUACACUUGUUCCUUGUACGCAUUCAUAAGGCAUAGCAGUCAAAAGAAAAGUAUGCACAGUGCAGAUGGAAUUGCUUAUUGGCUGCCAAGUUCAAGUAUCUACUGACCAUAUUCAAACCAAACCUUUUUGAAAGCCUUAAUCUUGGACAAGCAUGGGAAAGUAGAGGUAGCUGCUGCUUUGUGAUAUACUUCAAGAUCCUGAUUCAAAACAUAGGUACUCUAGAAAGUAAUAGCUGCAGGAACUACUUUUAUAUCAAUUAGGGAAUUGUAUUUCCCCUGAUUUUGUGCUCUGACACACAAGCAUCCAGGUUAGAAAAUGCCAGUCCUAACACUUUAGGUCUUAACAGGGUCAGGUAGUGGGAAACGUGUAAUAUUAAGCAUAGCCCUCAUAGCACUGUCUGUAAUUAUCUGUGCUAAAUAAAUUCAAAGACCUAGUCCUAAAGCUGGCAAUUACAAAAGCUCAGUGGGCACCAGAAAAAUUGAGGUCAUUGAGGAUUAAAAAAUUACAAAGAAAAAUAAGCAAUUUGAAAAAUCUUUUUUCUCUUUGAAAGUUUCCUACUCUAUCCAGUUAUAUUUAAUGCUAUAUUACCUGUAACUGGUAGAAGUUAAAAGGUUUGUGCCAUUCUCCCUCCAUUCUCCAUUUUCAGGCAGUUUCUUUACAUUUAAC